AUGCCCAACACCAACAGUAACGAUAGCAACAACAUCGCCAGAAACCUCGCGGAAGGAAUGGACAGUGCCGAGCUACACCGCGUGACUGUCCGCGUACCGCCGUUUUGGAGUGAUAAGGUAGGACUUUGGUUUUGUCAAUUGGAGGCACAGUUUAGUAUCGCCGGCGUAAGGCAGGACUCGACAAAAUUCGGUUACGUCGUUGGAAAUUUAGAUAGCCGAUACAUCGAAGAAGUAGAAGAUAUUAUUUGCAACCCACCUGCGCAAAACCAGUACGAGACUUUGAAAAGUGAACUCAUCAAACGUUUGUCGGACUCUAGCAGCCAACGAGUACGAAAACUAUUAGAAAGUGAAGAGUUAGGGGACCGCACACCUUCCCAAUUUCUACAUUUACGAAAACUGGCAGGUAAAAAUGUGAACGAAGAAUUUAUAAAAACCCUGUGGAUGAACCGGUUGCCGACGCCUACACAACGAGUGCUCGCAGCAUCGCUGCAACAACCCUUGGCCGAUAUGGCUGAAGUGGCGGACCGAGUACACGAAAUCGGACCAUCGAGGAGCCAAGUAUCUCAAGUGAAUGAAAGAUGUGCCCGUCUCAAGUCAAACACCAGCUAA